GGGAACAGGAGCUGAGAACUGAGUGAUGAGCAAUUACUCUAGUGCCACUGACUUUUGUCUCCUUGGCUUCCCCGGCUCCCAAGGACUGUACCACAUGCUCUUUGCUGCCUUCCUCUUCUUCUACUCGGUGACGCUGAUGGGAAACACGGUCAUCAUCGUGGUUGUCCGUGUGGCUAAGCGUCUGCACUCCCCCAUGUAUUUCUUCCUCGGCCACCUCUCUGUCUUGGAGACCCUGACCACAUCCGUCAUCGUCCCCGUCAUGCUCUGGGGCUUGCUGCUCCCUGGGAGGCAGACAAUAUCUCUGGCAGGAUGCGUCGCCCAGCUCUUCCUGUACCUUGCUCUGGGGACCACGGAGUUUGCAUCACUGGGAGUCAUGGCUGUGGACCGUUACGUGGCUGCCUGUAACCCUCUGAGAUACAACAUCAUUAUGAACAGCCACACCUGCAUCGGGGUGGUAAUUGUGUCGUGGCUCUUUAUGCCCCUUUUCCAGAUCUGGCCAGUCUACGCCACGUUUCAGCUUACCUUCUGCAAAUCAAACGUGCUAGGCCAUUUUUCAUGUGACUGAGGGCAACUGCCCCAACUCUCUUGCAAUAAUACUAUUUUCAUAGAGUUCAUUCUCUCUUUAAUGGCUGUUUUUGUUCUUUUUGGUUCUCUGGCACCAACAAUCGUCUCCUACACUUACAUCAUCUCCACCAUCCUCAAGAUCCCCUUGGCCUCUGGCUCCAGGAAAGCCUUCUCCACGUGCGCCUCCCACUUCACCUUCGUGGUGAUCGGCUACGGCACCUGCCUGUUCCUCUUCGUGAAACCCAAGCAGACGCAGGCGGCCGAGUACAACAAGAUCGUCUCCCUGCUGAUUUCUGUGGUAACCCCUUUCCUGAACCCCUUCAUCUUCACCCUCCGAGACGACCAAGUCAAAGAGGCCCUUCGGGAUGGAGGGAAGCGAUGCUGUGAGCUACUCAGGAACUAGCCUUCCCCUACGGCAUUUUGCACGGGGAA